GUUCUUAGCUCUUUUCUUCUGUUCGCUGUCCAUUCAUUUAUUUAUACUUUUUUGUAAUAUCGUAUUUUUUCAUCUCUGUCUCCCAUCUUCUUCCAGCCUUCUCCACAAAAAACCAACAAAUCAGAAAAAGAGAAAAAAUUUAGUUUCUUCUUGUGUCUGAUUAUAAUCCUAGUUUCUGAUCUAUUUCAACAUUGAAAUCCAUUCUAGUCCAAAAUUUUCUAUCGGACAAAUCGGUUUAUUUUGGAUUUGCCCCGUCAGUUUCGCUAUUUUUGGCAAAUUUGGCGCUACCCCAUUUCAUUCUUUUGCGUUUCUGGGUCUUUUACGAGAUCUACGAUUUCUUUUCAAUUUCUAAUUUCUUCCACGUACUAGUCCAAUUUAUCUCCGGCAUUAUCGCCGGCCGCCGAUCGGUUUUUCUUGAUUCUCCGGUUAGAAUUCUCUUUUUUCUUUUGUUCUUUUCUUUUUAUCAAGUCUUCAUCUUUCGUACUGAUUCUUUCCUUAAAAGAGUAAAUGCACAACUAAUAGCUGGAAAGUUCGGCAGUGCGUGUAUUUUUGCCUAAGUUAAACUUGUCUCUCUCUUCACGCGUGGCGCUGGCUAUUGGACUCGUGUUAAUGCUCAAGUUACAGACGAUAUAUUACAACUGUUUCUAACUGGCUUUUGGAUUUUGGGCUUUCGGCUUUGGGGUUUAUCUCUACUUUUAAGAUUAAAAUGGAUAUCUAUAUAUCUGCUACUGUACUUUAAAAUCACUUCAGUUUUGUGAAGUCAAUGCUUUGAUCUGAUUCCUCAGAAAUUCAACGUCAGCAUUUACUCAAUUUAUUUUCUUAGUAAUAUUUUCGUUUACCACCCCUCCCUCUUCUUUCAUUACCAAAAAUGAUGCGUAUGAAGACCAAAACCACCGCUGUGCCUCCGAUGAUGAACGGAGCUUCAGCCGUCGGCAGAGACCGUGCCACCGAGAACGAGUGGGAGGUCCGACCCGGUGGAAUGCUGGUCCAGAAGCGUAACCCGGAUUCUGAAAACCGUCCUCCUCCUCCCACUAUUCGGGUUCGGGUCAAGUAUGGUUCCAUUUACCACGAAAUCAAUAUCAGUGCUCAAGCAACCUUCGGGGAAUUGAAGAAGAUGUUAACGGGGCCAACAGGGCUGCACCACCAAGAUCAAAAGUUAUUGUACAAAGACAAAGAAAGGGACAACAAUGCGUUCCUUGAUAUGUCUGGUAUUAAGGACAAGUCCAAAAUUGUGCUAGUUGAAGACCCAAUUAGCCAAGAGAAACGGUACCUUGAGAUGAGAAAGAAUGCCAAGAUGGAGAAGGCUGCUAAAACUAUAUCAGACAUCAGUUUUGAAGUCGAUAGGCUUGCUGGACAGGUAUCUGCAUUCGAAACUGUAAUUUCCAAAGGUGCAAAAGUUGCAGAAAAGGAUUUGGUUAAUGUGAUAGAACUAUUGAUGAAUCAACUGCUUAAAUUGGAUGGUAUUACAGCUGAAGGUGAUGUUAAACUGCAGAGAAAAAUGCAGGUGAAAAGAGUGCAAAAAUAUGUUGAAACACUAGAUUUAUUGAAGAUAAAAAAUUCAGCGCCAACAAGCAAUGGGAAUCACAUUCCAAAACAGGAAACCUCCCCAUCUCAACAGCAUCAUCAUCACCAACGCAGGUAUUCCAAUGAGCAAGCAUCAUCGCCAGUUCAAAACAAGAAUGUCAGGCAUUCGUUCGCGCAUUCUCCUGCACAAACAAAACAGCAGCAGCAGCAGCCAUCAAGGCACUCUGCCUCGGGUUCUGUUGUCAUAACUACACAAUGGGAAACAUUUGACCCUGCGCCAGCAUCGUUGCUGGAUCAUUAUUCAGCCACACCAACCAAUAAUAAUCAUGCUGCUUCUACCCAACCUCACAAUUGGGAUUUGCUUUGAUUUGAGUAAGUCAGUAGAAAAGUAUCUUUGCUUAUUAGUUUGAGGGAUUGUGCGGUGUGAAAUUUCUUCUUUCCACCAGUUGGUUUGGUACCUUAUCUCCAUUCUUUCUGUAUCUAGAGUUACUGUUAGAUUCCCCUGUUUCAUAUAUCUUUCCACUUGAGUCAAUAAUUGGGAGUCACUUCAGUCAUGCUAUCACCAAUUUCCGGUUGUAAUGUUUGUCUUGUUGAUAGCCAUGUUAUAGUCAUUCAUAUGUAGAAAUAUUGAUACUUGAAUGUUAGCAAAAACCACUCAAUGAACAACAAUUGCAUUUUGUUA